AUGACUGAAAUCCGAGCAUAUUUAUCAAAAGCGACCGAAAACUUCUUCAACGUACCGACCCUGAGGCUUAGCGAGACCAGUGAAGGAGUUCUCAUUGAUUUCAUUCAUAAUCCACGAGUGUAUUUACUCCAAGCAUGUGUAUCAGAACAAAGAGAAAUCAUAUUAUACGCAGAUAUUCAAGUGAGUGCGAACAAAUCCAUAAUAUUUUACAAGACCAGCGCCGUGGAACUGACUCAGUCAGACGCUGUGAAUGACCUUAACAUCAUCACAUUAACCAAUAGCGCUGCGGAGUCUCUAUACCAAAUAAUAAGACAUGUCUACACGCCGAUGCUCACCAUCGGUGAUGAUUUAUUUUCUAUUAAACUUCAAAAGACUUUACUUGAAUUGGAAUCGAAUCUGAAGCUGGUUACUCACGGCGAGGGUGACGAAAAUAUUAAAGUUAUUUUAUCGGUUGAGGAUGAAGUUGGUUACUGGAAGGCCUUCGGAGAGAAGAGGGACAUUAAGAAGAGUGAGAGGGAAGCAGCCUCCGCCUUCUGUGUGCUGUUCGAAGACAUCUGUGAAGAAAUCAGAUGUCUGCCGUCCAUCAGUCUGCAGGAGGUUCGGGACUCAGCUGAGAACAUCGGAGGUAUCCUGGACGACGUGUGGCGCUACACCUCCACGCCCUACUCUCAAGACAGGAUGGCGCAUAUGUUUGAUAUCAUCGGGCACGUGAUCUGCUCGGUGAUUCAGCAGGCCGUCUCCAGAACAGAUUUGUGGCGGGUCCACUAUGGCAUGAAGGAUAAUGAGAUUCUUCAUCAACUGACAGAAGCUCUGACCGCCGUGAAGGUGUGGGUCAGUACGUGUAAGACUCUCACGGACACCUACUGGCCGAACUACUCGCUCCAUGAAUGGAAAGGGAAACCUUACGUGCCCGUGUUCUGUCAGAAUUUUCAGAAGAGACUUGAAGAAAUACACAGUAUUAGGUCCACAUUUAACCAACUCAGUAAACUCUUGACGAAAUCUGAGAGGACCGAAUUAAAUAGCGACCAGCUGUUGGAGCCCUUCCAGAAUAUAAAUGUAUGGAUAUACAAUGGCCACAAUCAAAUGUGGGAGAAUGCAGUAUCAAGAUUUUCGUCAAGCAUCCGUCCGGCUGAAGCGAAGAUAGCCGAGAAACUCAAACCUCGGCUACAGAACUUGUCCACCAAGCAGUCUCUGUACGAGUUCUCAAGAUACCGCACCUUGCUCAGUCGACCGCUGGUGCAGCAGGCUCUGACUAGAGAGCUGGAACUGUUCCUAUCGUCGCUACUGACGAUGAUGAAGGACGUUAAAACACACUUGGAGGAAGACCUGCCGGGGCUGUACCGCCCGCCUGAGAUGACUGACCUGGUCGUGAAGGUGCAGUGGGCGAGGCAGAUGGAGGACAAGACUACAGACAGUUAUAAUUUUUACAUGGAGGUGAAAGAAAUAGAAUCGUGCGUCGGAACCGAUCUCAGGAAUUUGGAGGGAAGUGAUGAAGUGCUUCAGUUAGCCAGCAAAGUGCAGAACGAUCUGAAGAAUACGUACAAGCAGCUAUACGAGGAGUGGUCUAGAGACGUGCAGGCGCAGUUGAGGGCUGGGUCUCUUCAGCUGUCAGAGCGGCCCGUGGUGGAAUUCUCUAGUGCUGAUCGCCUCAUGGUCGUCAAUUAUCCCGAGGGACUGGAGCGCGUGGAACGAGAGGCGCGCGCACUGCUGGCGGCCGGACUGCCGCCUCCUCCUGGCGCUCUCACAGGACUCACGGCUUCCUUACGAUAUGCAAGAGCCCUUCAUCAAGUGGCGUCAUUCCACAACACGCUGGGUGAACGCGCCGUGAGCUCAACACGGCCCAUGUUGUUACGCGCAGCCCUUCAGCUGGCAAAUCUGGUUGCAGACAACCGCCCCCCAUCGUGGAGCGACGAGCGAGCCCUACAUGAAUACACACAGCAACUUAAAGAAAAAGUCAUGGAGCUUGAGAAACAGAAUAAUUAUCUCACAAGUCAACAUUUAAAAAUCCGAAGUAUUGUAGAGAAGCUGAUGGACACAGAGCUCCUCGCGAGACUCGCUGACUGGAAGAAAGGCAUCAAAGAUAUCAGGGAUAUUAUUGAGAAGGUGGAAGCCAAUGGGUACGAGAAUACAGAAAUGUGGCGCUCCCACUGGGACCUGCAGCUGUACAAAGCCAUGGAGUGUCAGUACAUGAAGGCGCUGCUGUCACUACAUUCUCACUUUCCGGCCCUCAGGGUCGAUCUAGUCCUACGGAGUGGCCGCGUGCGCUCUCAACCUUCCGAGGAGGAGCUUCGUGCCCGUCUGUACUCGUUGCUGAGGCGCCUAGUAACUUUACCGGCAGCCCUGCCCGGCCUCGCCAGCACCACGGACACAGAUACCAACACGACUAGUGUAUUCUCGAGCAUCGUUGAAAAACACAGUUGGCUCGGGAACAAAGCAGUUUCCCAACUGGAGGGCACUCUGGCAAACCUGGAGCGAACCUGCGAGCGAUGGACGAGGCGGGCGGCGCUGGGCUGUGUGAGGCUGAAGGACCUGUGCGACCAGCUCACCUCGCCUGAACACUGGGAGGUCAACUUCAGGGCGUGCAAGGCGUACGGACAGACGGUCGCCAAGAUGACAUUCGAAGACGAGAAAAUAGAAUGGAUCACGGUAGGUACUGUAACGCUUCGUCGUGAGUUUGAGGCCCAAGCGAGGAAUCUGUGGGCCUGUUUGAUGACGUCACUGACCACCAGCUGCCGGGCUGACUCUACUGCGCUUGAUUCUUUCAUGACCGCAGCCGCCGUUAUGUUGGAGGAUAAGACACUGCCCAAAAAUACUAAAGAACUGGCCGAAAUCAGCGCUAAGCAACAAGCAUUGCAAAUGAAAAUGCCCGAGAUGGAGAAAAUGGUAGAGGAUUUGAAACGUAAAAGCUACCUGGCGAGGACCUGGGGCGGAGACACGACUCUGGAUGGAGUGACGCGCGAGUGGAACAAACUGAAGGAGACGAUGACGGCUCAGCAGGCGAUGUUCGAACACCAGGCAGAAAUAGUGAAGACGACUUUGACCGGUGACUGUGAGAACCUUCGUUCGUCCCUGGAGGCGUGGUCGAGUCGCUGGUCACGACACGAAGUUCAUGACACCACGUAUGACGGACUGGUAGCUGCCAGUAACGACGUGAAACAUGCGCUGGAUGGUUGGAAAACACUCGCAGACCAGUGGGACGAGCUACGAUCGGAAUGUGAGAAGUUCAACAUUAACCCGGACAUGUCUGAAGCUUGGAAGGAAGCCGAACAAUUAAAAACAAACCUCACGACUCUUUGGACUCCCUUCGAACAAUAUAACGAAGAGUACGAGUCGCUGGCCGGACAGAAGUGGAUCGUGUUCCAGAGGAAGCUUCACCAGCUCGAUGACUUCGUGUCCAAGUGGGAGGGGGAGUUGGAACCCUUCACCUCCGUCACUUUGAUCAUUAAGAGAGAACUCGACAAAUACUCGGAAUUAACGGUGGCUUUGAAAUAUCUGCGUGGAUCUGACUUCACGGAGAAACAUUGGCGGGAUGUGUUCGGUCUGCUGGGGAUGGAGUAUGUACCGGUGGAGGAGCUCACCCUGGGACGGCUGCUGGCGGCGGGGCAGGACAUAAAGAAACAUAUGAAGACGCUACAGAAAAUAAAUUCAUCCGCAUCUUCGGAGGCUGCCGUCCGAAGCGCCCUGACCGAGUUAGAGUUAUGGUACGAGGGCGCGAGACUGACCAUAGAGUAUUACACCGACAGGGGCAAGAAAGACACACCGCUCGUCAGGGACUACAAGGAAAUGAUUGAGAAGGUGGAGGAGCAGCAGUGGAUAGUAGCGGGGCUGGGAGGUCGAGGGCAUUCAGCCGGCUGGGAGGGGACCCUGGGAGACGCGAGGGGGCUGCUGGAAGCGGCACGGAAGGCUCAGCGCAGGUAA